AUGCUAAUAGGAUUAAACACACUCCUGUAACUGUAUAAAAGGAAAGCUCCUAAUUCAGGACAACAUUGUCAUCUUUCAGACAGUCUGCUGAGGUUGUGAAGACCUGCCGGUGAAAUCCCUGAAACCAUGAUCAAGGUUGUGUUUCUGUUUGGAUGCCUGCUGAGCCUGGCUCUGGCAAAUCCUACUUUUGGACAUUUUGGUCACUGGCACAGACAUUCUGGCUCUCAUGAGAACCAUGGUGUCACUACUCGGGCAACAACUACAACCGCCGCUACUACUAGCACUGCUGGUGCUACUACAACCACUGCUGCUGGUGCUACAACUACAACCGCAGCUACUACUACCACUGCUGGAGCUACAACUACAACCGCAGCUACUACUACCACUGCUGGUGCUACAACUACAACCGGAGCUACUACUACCACUGCUGGAGCUACCACCACUAUCGAUCCUAGGAUUGCCCAGAUACUCCAGCUCCUCAUUAGCCUCCUGCGCCCAUAGUCUGCUACGGCACUUCCUGCUACUGCUGGAACUACCAUUAUACUGUAGUUUCUACUGAUACAAAAAAAUAAAAUAAAAUCAGCAGUGUUUGAAAACCUGUGUUAAUUGAUCCAGCUUUUUUAAAAAUGAUUUGAUCUAUUGGGAACCUUGAGUCUGUUUGUCCGUGAGCAGCC